CGCCGCUCUUUGAACACCACAUACAUAUGUAUAAAUAACAAAGUAACUUUGUGGCUCAUCAUCAUUUGUGUUUCGAUCUUCUCGAGUGUGUGUUAGCUCGGCUUAAAAAUCAAAUAGUAAACAAAUCGAUUUUGCCACUGCAGUUAACUAAAUCUAAAUAAAUACCGUAAAAAUGAAAUUUAUCAUCCUAGCUUUUGCCAUUAUCGGUUGCGCCGCCGCCCAAUUCGACUCGGCCACACAAGGUCCCAACCCACAGGACAUCGCCACACCGGAACCCGAAUAUAUCGACAUCGAUGAACCGCUGCCCGCACCAGCCGCCCCCAUCCAAACACAAGCGCGCACCAGCUUCAUUCCCGCAGCACGUCCCGUUGCACCACGUCCCAUUGCCCAAGCCAUCCCUAUUGCGGCGCCAUCUCUCAUACGCGCACCCACUCAAUCGUAUCUGCCACCCGGCAGCAGCUACGCACAAGGCGGGCACAUUUUCAACCCACAAAGCGGUUACCAAUACAGACAAGCGCGCAGACGCGUCGUCUACCGUCGCCGUUAUUAGGGCGUUGCACAUACUGUUGACCGUUAAAGUUGCAGCAAAAGCAGGCAUACAUACUAAUUACAACAAUGAUGAGAUAAUAGCUGUACAUAGAACUGUAUGUGUGGCUGUGUGUGUGUGUGUAAGCGCUUGCACACAUACGCACACAUCUACACGACUUUCAUUAAUUAUUUAAUAUAUUAUUAAUUUGUAAGUUAAAAUUGAAAAAAGUUGAAUUUCACAAUUCAGCUUUUGAAAAAAACUCAAAAAAAUAAAAAAAAUAUAAAAAUUGAAAAUAAUUAAGUAAAUCCGUCAUUAGCUGCAAGGCCAUAGAAUUUUCGUACAAACAACAAGUGAGCAAAUGUAUAUUUUUGUUUAAUAUUUAAAGAUAUUAAGCCAAAAAGACACACGCACAAACACAUAACCAUUCAUGUAACUACCCCACACAUGCAUACUUACACAUAUGUAUGUGUGUAUGUAGACACACUGCGAUAGACUCAAUUACUCAGGUAUUAUGUACAUUAUAUAAAUAAAAUAUUUAUAGUACAUGUACAUAUGUAUGUUUAAAAUUACAAUAUUAAAACAAAGUGUUUCAUUUCUUAUUUUUCUUGGCUGGUUCAUAUGGCUAGACCAGUUCGCUCAUUAUAUGAGGUAAUAUAAUCUUUUCACAUUAAAAAAAAAUAGUUUUUAAACUAUAAAUUGUACAUUUGUUAUAUUCAGUGGAGCAAUAAAAAAACUAUCUACUUUGUUAUAACGG